AUGGCGGUCAAAAUGGCAGCACAGUCCAGGAAAAACAAUCCUCCACUCGUGAAACCCCCCACCAUCCCAGAUGAACUCCUAGUUGGCCUCUCCUCCACUGUCUGCAACGGGAACAAAGAAGGGCACACUGUGCACCAUCAGCACUGCGAGAACCGUGCAGUCAGACGGCCGGAUGCUGUGUGGCAUCACCCGCUCGGACGCAACAAAUACAAAUUCUUCCUGGAGCAGCCAACAUCUCUGACAGGAGCUGGCAGGGACAUCUCAUUUCUGUGUGAUGCGGUGAGUCAGAGGAAGACCACACCACUGCCAUCACUCACGGGCAAAAGGGAUAUUUGUGACACAGAGAACUUGAAUAUAUCUGACCAAUUAAUCCCAGAAGAAUUUAAUUUUGUGAAAAACAAAGGGAUAGGGUGUCUGAAGUUCUAUGAGGAUGCGUUCACAGUGCAGCUGAUGGAUGAAGAGCAGAAGCUCCGGGUCUUUCCGUCACUGAAGCCUAGCAGUAGAAAAGAAGCUGUCGAGUUGAUGAAAAACAUGGAUGACAUGCUGGAGAAGGCGGGAGUGGAUCGACAGAAUGAAGAGUUAUCCCAGCUCUCCCAAAUGGAAGGCUUGCUUGAGCUGGUAAAGGUUGAGCAGAACAUCUACAACACUGUUUUCCAUGAACUGAUCAGGCAGGUUACUGUCGGCUGUGCAGAGAAAGGGCAAGUGCUCGCCAAACUCAGACAACGCUACCAGGCAUUGCUGGAUCGAAUCCCACGGCGUCUAAAAGCUUUACACACCGAGACAGUCGCCCAGAAGAGUUUGGGCCGCCGACUCACAGAGGAAAUCCACCGCAUCAAGUCAUCCCUGCAGCAGCUGAGCAUGGAAGCAUCCAAAAUCAAGGACCAUGAAGCCUUGGUUUGUGAGCAAGCAGAGCAUGCUCACCAGCAGCUGGCUGAAGCCCUCAUACAGACCAAAACAGACUCAGACGUGCUUCAGCGUUACCAUGAGCUUUAUGAGCUGCUUCGAACUCGCCUUGAGGCUCAGCUGCUACAAAUGACAGAGGAGAGGAACAACUGGAGCAAACUCACAUUCAGCCUUGCCCUAAAGUUGAUCAGUGUAAAGAAGCUGCAUCUUGUUGGUCAGCUGCAUGUCAGCGAACGAGGAUGGUUCCAGACAGCAGAGAGCUGCCUGCUUCAUCUCUCCUCAAAGGAUACAGAAGACCUCAAAGAAAUCAUGGAGCUCACAGACCACUGGAAAGAUGAGCUGACCCAUGUGGUUUCCCAGCUGAAGACAACUGAGCGUGCUCACUGUGCGCAGAUCAGUGUAGUCCAACAUGGCAUCGCUAAAUGGCUCUCACUUAUCACUGCUCAAAAUAAGUGCCCUGAUCUCAAUCAUAAAGAAAACUCUGUGGAAGAGAUUCACACAGAUUUGAAGCGGUGGUCACAAAUUCUGGCUCUUUUGUCGGAGUACUACCAAGGCGAGAAACCAGUUUCGUGUCAACAGACACUGGGAAAUCUUGGAGUUGUCCAGGAAAAAUGGCUGAAUUUGUGCCUUCAGUUGUUUGAAAGGCAUCCUCGUCUCUAUGAAGCUCCUGAAGGUCAAGAGGCUGUAAGGAAGCUGGAGUGGGUUCUGCCUGAAAUCAUCAAGCAGCUGGGGUUAAAGAUCAGCGGGGACAGUGGAAUCCUCAGACUGAUUCUGUCGCUGCUUGGUUUGAUUGAAUCCUGGGUUUUCAGAACUUCUGCGUGUAUCACGUGGUCAAAAACGGCGUUCACCUUUGACUGGCAGAAACUCAAAGACGUUUUAUUUGACUGUCAGGGUUUGGUUGAAGAAGCACUGUGGCAUUUCUCCAUGUCGCAGACAGACAACAAGGACAAAAAAGGGCCAGACGUGUUCCAAGAGACAGAAAAGGUCUUACUUGAUAUUCAAGUGUUCACCGCCUGCUUGUCCAGCUUUGUUGAUGAUGAGAUCUAUAAACUUAAAGAGGAGGUCAUUUCAGUUCACAUGGCUCAGACUAGCUGGAUGUUUGAUCUGCUGCUCAUCUUGACACCUGACUGUGUUGAAGAAGCCGAUCUUGGACAGGAACACCUCCAUAUUAAGAAAAUCUCACUGCAAUCUCUAGACUCAGAUGCUCAGGUGCUGAUGGGGAAACUGGACUUCCUCUCCACCUACAUUAACAAAUCAUGUAGCCUGAUUCUGGAGGAAAACGAUCCAUCGGAAGCGGGGUCUGAAAGUGACAAAUGCAAAAAGCUCCAGAGGGAUUGUGAGGACUGGGUGGAGACGUGUAAAAUAAUCCUCUCAGGACUGCGUGACGAUCCAGAGGAGCUUCUUGUCCAUUCAAGGCUCAUGGAUGGUAAAGAGCCUGCAGACAGUCUGGAGACUCAGAUGGAGCUAAGGAUUUGUGAAAGUCCAGUGAUAAAUCUGAUCAACAAUGACAGAAACAUCUCUCAAAUAAAGCUUGGAAGGAACAGAGUGCAUGUGAUUGAGGCAUGACCUUUAAACCACAAUCUUUUUACUGUCUGUAGCCUUUUGGGAAACUACAUCAUUUUUCCGUUCCUCCCUAUCAUCAGACUGAUGAGCUGGUUGUGUCUCCGACAACUAAAGAAGCCCAGAGAGCAUUUAGUGAUCUGACCUCUUUGGGAAUACUGCAGAGAGAACUACAGUAGGUUUAGUCCUACAGCAGAAUUUCUACCUUAAUGUACACAUUUUCUGCAUGUUUUACUAUUUCUAUUAUUUCCUGUGAGCAUCAGAGUUAAAUUGUUAAAACACUGUAUUAAUGUAAUUAGCUGGCAUUUUUAAAGCAUUUCUCUGGAAUGGAAAGUGUUCUCAAUGUGCACAGGGUGAAUUUCUCCCUUAUUCACAGUGAUUCAGAGAUGCGAGUGAGGAAAGCUGAACAGAGAGCAUUGAGUGCUGAAGAGGCUCUCCAGGCAGCACUGGAGAAGAUACAAGACCUGGAGAGACAACUGGAGGGUCAGUCUGGAACCUUAACCCUCAGAAGACAAAUUCUAAGAACUCAGAAAACACUGCUAUUUACAGAAAAAUGACAAAGAAAACACUGACAAGCUGCCUUUAUGUGUGUUUCAGAGAAAAGUAAGAUGGCACCUCCUCCAUCACCUUCAGCAGCCAAGCAGGAUAGCUCCAAAAAAGAACAAAAGAAACAGUGAUCUGCCUUUUCUUGACUAAAAUGUUUUUCUUUUUUACUUUAUUGCAUUUAACCAGAAUGGAAAUCAUGUCUAACACUGUCUUUCAUCAAAUUGCGUGUGAUAUACACAGUAUUACAUAUAAAUUGACUUGCUUGUGUCAGUUCUGGAUUCUGUUUACAUCCAAUGUAAAUAAAGUUUUUGCAAAUC